AUGACCCCUCAGAUUCGAAUAACAUACCGGCCCAAUUCAACCCCGCUACCGUAUACAGCAUCCCCAUUCAAGCUGCUGUGGAGCGACAUAUGCCUUGCUUUACGCUAUGCAUGGGCGCUUCCAUUUGCAUUUUUGCCUCUUCGUAUAGGUCGGACCGAUCACCUCGACGAAUUAUAUCCAUCCGCUCGAACUGGCAUAUCAGCAGGAUCUCAAGUACUCCUCGCUGUUUACCAGGUCUUGUUCCUGCUUUCGGUCCCCAUCGCCAUAAUCUUGAUGGUUCCUGGACUGUGGAUCUUUCUGUAUAUUGUCACGGUUGUGACCUUGAACCACGUGUUCUGCAUGGUUCUGUUGAACGGCUUUCAGAGGCUCAUUGUGUCACAAGUCCCGGUUCCUGAGCAACCGAGCCAUUCUGGCGAACGCUGGUUCUUCAUCAAUGGUAUAGCAGGCAGCCAUUCUUGGGUGCAACAAAAUGUUGAUCAACUAUCAUAUACUUUUGGUCGGAAGAUCACGGGUAUUCAUAAUCGCACAUCUGGCUUUGUAUUCGAUUUGAUUGAAUGUGUGAUUCAACGUUGCUUUUCCUAUGCCACUGGAGAUAUACGAGCAGCAUAUCCGCUGGUCAAAAACGCCUUGUUGGAUCCGACCUGUCAAAAAGUGGUCUUUAUACUACACAGUCAAGGAGGCAUCGAGGGGGGUCUGGUAAUUGAUUGGCUUCUCGAUGCACUUCCGCAUGACGUCCUUCAGCACCUCGAAGUUUACACGUUUGCCAACGCAGCUAAUCAUUUCAACAAUCCGACCCGAAAAUGGCUCUCGAAGGCUAAUGGGUCGCACUCCUGCAGACUGUCAGAGCAGAAUCGUUCGGUCGGAUACAUCGAGCAUUAUGCCAAUACCGUGGAUAUUGUGGCCUGGAUUGGCGUUUUCCAUUUUAUCAACAUUCCCAACCGAUACAUGGGUCGUUUUUUUGUGCAUCCAGGAUCAGGCCAUCUCCUCAAUCAACACUACUUAGAUCCAAUGUUUACCCUUGGCCCGGAUCACAAAGUACUGGAAAACAACCCAUUCAUGGAUAUGGAAGUCGAAACGAAUUCGCAGAAAAUGCCGGAAGACGACUGUGAGGAGACAUUACUCCCAAUCUCGGACUCUCAAGGGUCUCCGGACAAAACGGAUGAUCAAGUUCUUCGCGUGAAGGAUUUCAGUCGUCUUUGGAAAUAUCGCAAUGGCGGGAGUCCGACGGACUAG